CGCUCCCCACCCGCCCACAGCACUCUCCAUUCUCCUGCUGAAGACCACGCAAAUUCCCAGGCACAUCACCGUCUAGCAUGGCCAGUGUGGAGCAGCGUGAGGGCACCAUCCAGGUGCAGGGCCAGGGCCUCUUCUUCAGAGAGGCCCGACCUGGCAGCGGGCAGGCCGCUCGCUUCUCUGUGCUGCUGUUACAUGGCAUCCGCUUCUCCUCUGAGACCUGGCAGAAGCUGGGUACUCUGCAGAGGCUGGCUGAGGCUGGCUACAGGGCUGUGGCCAUUGACCUACCAGGUCUCGGGCGUUCCAAGGAAGCAGCAGCCCCUGCCCCUAUUGGGGAAUUGGCCCCUGGUAGCUUCCUAGCAGCUGUGGUAGAUGCCUUGGAACUGGGACCCCCAGUUGUGAUCAGUCCAUCAUUAAGUGGCAUGUAUGCACUGCCCUUCCUCGUGGCCCCUGGCUCCCAGCUCCGGGGCUAUGUACCAGUGGCUCCCAUCUGCACAGACAAAAUCAAUGCUGCUGACUAUGCCAGUGUGAAGACUCCAGCUCUGAUUGUAUAUGGAGACCAGGACCCCAUGGGUUCCUCCAGCUUUCAACACCUGAAGCAGCUGCCCAACCAUAGAGUGCUGGUCAUGGAAGGGGCGGGACAUCCCUGUUACCUGGACAAGCCUGAUGAGUGGCACACAGGGCUGCUGGAUUUCCUGCAGGGGCUAGCAUGAGACUCGGUCCUGCUGAUCCGGGGUGACAGCCUACCUGCUCUGGGAUCUCUCACUGUCUUCUCCUGGUCUCUGGCUUGUGCCUCACCUGCAACAGGUCUGUCUAUACAUCUGUCUGGGUUCCUGACAUUUCUGCUUUUCUCUUGCAGUGACAGAUCAGAUCAUGGAGGUAAAAUCACGUGGAAAAAGUCUCGGAUUCAAGGGGAGGAAUCUGAUUGUGGGUAAUCCAUGGGCUUCUCCUACAGGCUUCCCUGCUUGGCUUUCACUGCCUUACUUAUUUUCCCUCCACCUCCUUCUUAGCUGCCCUACAGGCCAGACACGCCCUCUACUCCCCUGCCCCUCUUAGGCCACAGAUAACAAACCUGUAUGAAUGCUUGUUUAGAUUCACCCCACACCCAAACAGAACCCUUCCCUUGGGAGCACAUGGGUCCACAUGACUGGACUGAUACCCACAUUCUUGUGCAUCACAUGCUUGCGCAGGUCCAUGCGAAGGUACAAUUUCCUGUGAAGGCAGGUGGGAACCUCUUUAUGAGACAGCCUUUGUAAGAGACCCACUUGCCAGGAAAAGAACGUGGCCAGCCCUAGAUUUCUCUCAUCUACACGUUGCAAUUGGUCCCAGACCAGAAUUGCCUCCUCCGAAAGGGAGGUGUACCCCUCUGCCUUUCAAAUAUCCCUGUUUUUCUUUUUCCCUUCUUCUUGGGGGCUGUAUAUCUCCCCUGGUCAUCAAGUCUGAAUCUCAGCCAAGCCUGUUUCCUGCUGUGAGGUUUGGGGGUGGGGUAGGAGGGGAGACCGACUGCAGAGGUCCCUGAAAUAAAGUGAUGCUAUUAGACCUCA